AUGGAUAAUAGAGGAAUUAGAAAAAGAAAAGAUGCAAAAGACAUUGAUAUAAAUUUACAAAAUGAGGAUGUGUUUAUUAAAGAAGUUACGAGAAAUAUAAGUUGUAGUAAUAGUUUUACAAAAAUAGGAAAUGAAAGUAAAAAUUUAACAUCUCUAAAUAUAAAAUCAAAUUUAAGAAGAAAUUAUUCUAGUGACAGUAGAAAAUCAGAAAAAAAAAAAUCAUUGGGAAUAUUUAAUAGUUCUAACAUUAGUUCAUUAUCUAAUAAUUGUAUGAAAUCUUUUAACAAUAUGCUAAGUAAUAUUAAUUAUAGCAUGAAAGGUACAAAUAGUAGUAACAACAGAUCAAAUAUUUCAAAUAAUAUAUUUUGUGAAAAUCAAGUCAGAAAUGUAAAUUAUCCAACUAAUGUAGAUAAUAUGAAUAGUUUAAAAAAUAUCCAAGACAAAAUAAAUUUAAAAAAUAAUAAUGAAAAUAUGGAUUCUGGUUUAUUUAAUAGUUUUUAUAAUUACUCUUCUACUAAAAAUAGUAAACAAAAUGAAAGGUAUAUUAAUAAUGAUAAGAAAAUUAUGAAAAAUGAUGAGGUAUAUAUAAAUUUUAAUAAUAAAUUUAGUAACAGUUUUAAUAGAGGAAAUAAUGAAAAACAAUCCAUUGGUAUAGCAAAUAGCAAACAUUUAGAAAAUGUUUUAAAUAAUAAGGAAAUAUUAAAUAAAAAAUAUGACAUAACUGGAUUUGGUAAUAAUUAUAUUAAUGAAAUAAAUCAUUUAAAAAAUAUAACAAAUGAUCAAACGUAUUUUACCUGCCUUGAUAAUUUAUUAAGAAAUCAUGGGAAUAUAGAUUCUAAUGAAAUGAUAAAAUAUAAUGAUAAAAAUAUAAAUUGCUUAAAUGAUAUAAUAUUUCUGGAUAUAUAUAGAGCAUAUAAUAUAUUAAAUUAUAUGCAAAAUAAAAUUAAUGUUAUUAUUUUAACCAUUAAAUUUAUUGGAAAAAAAAUAAAAAGAAAACAUGUUCCAGAAGAAGUAGUUAUAUCUUUAGAAUUUUUAAAUUUCUGUGUUAAAAAUUUAGGAUUAUUUUUUGUUAGAUUUAUUGAUGAAAAUUUCAUGAAAAAAAUAGGAAAACUAUUAAGAACAACAACAUUAAAAAAAUCCAUUGCAAAAAAUGUGAAAUCGAAAUUGUCUAAAUUUCUCAUUGUUCCAGUAAUUCAUCCAGGGGUAGCAACUGAUCCCAGACUUCAUUUUAUAAAAAGAAAAAUUUUAUUUAUGCUUCAAUUAUGGCAUGAUUCUUUUAUUCUUCAUCAAAAUGUAGCAUCAGCUAUAUUUUCAGAAUAUAAAUCUUUAAAAGAAAAAGGCGUCACCUUUCCAAUUAUUAAUAAGUCAGAAAAAUUUUUUGUUAAAAAUGCCGAAACAUCUCCAUCAUUUUCAGAUGAUAAUAUUUUACAUGAAUUACCACUAAAUUUAACUCAAAUAAAUAAUAUUAUGAGAAGUUUAAAAGAAAUUCAAAAUAUCUCUCAUGAUGAAGAAAGAACUAAAUGUAUUAACGUAGUUUUAAAUUUCAAAGAACGAGUUAUACAAUGUAUUAAUAAACUGUCAGAUUAUAAAGGAAACACAAAUGUUUCUCUUACAUUAAAUUCGCUUCUUUACAUUAAUGAUCAAAUUGGUAUCUUAAGCAAGUUAGAAAAGGAAAAAAAAGAGAAGGAAGAAGAAGAAGAAGAAAAAAAAAAAAAAGACCAAAAAAUACAAGAGAAAAUGGAAUAUGAAAAAAAAAAGAAAAAAAAAAAAAAAAAAAAAAAAAAAAAAAAAAAAAAAAAAAAAAAAGAUAAUUCAGAAGUAGAUAAUAUAAAUGAAAUAAUUUUUAAUAAAUAUGAUCCAUGGAAUAAUGAAACAAUAGAUAAAAAUAAUGAAGGAUGUAAAACUGAUAAAACCUUUCUUAAUAAGUCAUUAGGUAGUUUUAGCGAUACUUCCAAUGGAAAACCAUUAGAAACUAUAUUUAGUAAUGAAAAUAUAUUUUCAUUUUUUAAGGAAGAUAAAGAAAAAAAUAUAACAGUUAAUGAAAAUAAUUAUACUUAUGAUAAAUAUAGUGCAUUUAAUGAAUUAAAUUUCAAUAAUGAUAAAAAUAAUAUUUGUAUUAAUGGAAAUAAUGAAAUGGAUAUUUUCAAAAAUAAUAACCAAGAAUAUGAUAAAAGGAAUAAUCUAUUUCAUGUUAAUAUGGAAAAUGAAGGAAAUUGUGAAGAAGUUGGAAAUAGUAAUAUUAUUGUGAAUAAUCAAAAAUAUAAUGGAAAAAUAUCAAAAUUAGAUAAAAUGAAUAAUAGUGAUAUUAAUAUAAAUGAAGUUAAUGUUUUAAAUUCAACUAACCAUAUUUCUGUACAAAAUGAGGAAAACUCGAAAAUUUAUGUUUCUAAAGAAUGUAAUAAUAACAAUGUUAACCAGUUAAAAAACUUUGAUAAAGGAAUCUUAGAUAUCAACAUGACCAAUAAUGAUUACAAUAAAAAUGAAAUUGGAGAAAUUAAUUAUAGUUUAUUUGAUUCAGCAAAUAAACAGAGUUACAAUAAUGAAAUAGAAAAUUAUAAUGUAAACACUUUGAAUGAAAGACAUUGUAACUUUGAAAAGGGUUUUUCAUUUAAUAACCCUAAUGAAAUUUCAAAGGGUAUUGAAAACAAAAUUGCAGGAAAAAAUAAUUCUGAUUGUUGUAUUAAAACAGAAAAUAAGUAUAUAGAUAUUAGUUGUGAUAAUAUUCAAAAUUUAAACACGGACGAAAUUAAAGAAAACAUUAUAGAUGAUGUAAGUUCAUUUAAUAAAAAUCAUAAUGAUUUAAUUGAUAAUUUAAUAAAUAGAGAAAAUUCUAUAGAGGGUGUAGAUAAUUUAUAUAAUUCAGAUAAAAAAAAUGAAAAGAAAAUUGUGGAAAAGGAUAAAUAUAGAGGAGAUAAUUUUGAUGAAAAUAAUUAUGAUUAUUUAUUCAAAACAUUUGAUUUCAAUAAUUCUGAUAAUAUUUGUCAUAAGGUGGAUAUAGAUAAAAAAAAUGAUAUUUUAGAAAAUACAAACGAAAAACGAGAUGAUAUAUUCUUGAAGGAUGAAAGUGAAAAUAAAAAUGAAAGUAGCACAUAUUUUACUAAAGAAAAAGAUAAUAUAGAUGUAUAUAGGAAGAAUGAAAAUAAUUUAAGUGAUGAUAAAUUUAUAGAACAGAAUAAUAAAGAAAAUGCUAACAUGAAUAAGAGUAUUAAAAAUGUUCAUUCUAUAGAACAAUUAGAAUGUAAUAGUACUGUUUUAGGUACACAUAAUAUGAACUCACAGGAGGAAAAAAAAGAAAUUAUUUUUUUAGAAAAUUAUGAUAAAAAAAAUUAUGAAUUUCCUACAAAAGAAAUUAAUGAUGAAAUUACGAAUAUAAACAAAAGUAUUAACUCCAUAAAUGUUAAUGUUCAAAAUAAAAAUAAUUCUACAUGCAUUGUGAGAAAUGACAAUGAUGAAGUUAGUUUUAGAGAUAAUUUUAAUUAUGAUGAACAAAAAUAUAAUUCAAAAUACGAUAACACUUUAGAAUAUCAAGAAGAAUUAUAUUCAGAAAAUGUUGAACUUAAAACAAAUGAUGAUAAUGAUAAUAAUGAUAAUAAUCUAGAGAAUUUUUCAACAAUUAAAGAUCCAAAUAGUUCUAACAAAAAGGCGGAUGAUAUAAGUAACGCCGACUCAAAUGAUAUAAAUUUUGAUGAAAUUGAUGAAAUAACUAAAGCAUUGGAUGAUAUAAAUGAUAAUUUUGAAAAUAUGAAUAUUUAUAAAUUUGAUCAUUAA